AGUGUGUGAGUGUGGGAGUGUGUGUGUGUGAGUGUGUGUGUGUGUGUGAGUGGAGUCCUCCGAGGGUUUGUGUGUCUUCGGGAGCUGAAAUGGUGAUUAUAGACUAGAGAGAGAGAGACUAAGGUGUGGCAAGACGGGGGCGGCGUCACAGGCUUUUUGUCUAUAGUUCCCGUACAGCCCACCAGCCGGGGAGGAGGCUCAGCCAGUGUCUAUCAGAGAGAGAGUGUGUGUGUGGGGGUGUGUGUGUGUGUGUCCCGGAGCCAUGCAUGCACACAGUCUGGGGGAUUGAAAGAGCCGCUGCGUGAGGUUGAACUAUACUAUACUCUCGAAACCAGGACCUGAACUAAAGGGGGGAAACGAAGACGAGCACAAGUUCAAGAAGCUCCGUGGAUCCUUUUGUAGACAGGAAGGACAAAAACCACACAGGAGGAACGACCAAGUGGAGCGCUGCUGGAGCACAUUCUCUUCCUCAUUCAUUCUUCUUUUUUAGCAACUCAUUACAGAGAGAAAGCAGAAAACGGAGCACCAGAACUUGUGCGGAGUGCCCACUGAGGAACAUUAAACCUUUUCAAGAGGAUUUCCUUUUUUUCAGAUUUUUAAAGGAUGCCAUUUCAAUGACAAAACCUUUUGGAAUAUGGGACUUUUAAUCUAUGAUUUGGACCAUGGGGACAGGCAUCUCUGUUUUUGUGCUCAGCUCUGGGUAAUUCUGAUAACUCUUGCAGGUAAAGUCUCUCCAACCAGCUCCGAUGCCCUCCUCAGCUCCUCGGCGAUGACGGCCAGCCCGUCGCCACCCAACGUGUAUCUCCCCGCCAACUUCAAAAUGUCCAAUGCACAACUGGCCUUCUUCUUGCGGGAGGCUCAGAUCACAGGACAAACAGUUGGCGGCGGCGGCAGGAGCGGCGGUGGUAGUGGCAGCAGCAGCAGCCCCAGCACGGGACACCCGCUGCAGCGCUCAGAGAGUUUUGUGGUUUUCCAGACAAAAGACCUGCCCGCCAUCAACAUCAGCUUCGGGCCCUUCGCUCAGGACCAGGCCGUGUCUAAGGAGUUGCUGCAGCCAGCCAGUCCUCUGGAUAUCCCCGGGCAGCUGACGGUCAACUGGAAGGUGCGCGCCUUCAUUGUCCAGGCCCGGGUCUUCUCCAACAACCCCACCGUCCAGGUGUUCUUCUACAUCGCCGGCCGGGACUGGGACGAUUUCAAAGCGCAGGACAAGCUGCCCUGCGUCCGGCUGCACGCCUUCAGGGACGUCCGGGAGAUCAAAACCUCCUGCCGCAUGAAAGGCAACCUCGCUCAGUGCUUGGCCCAGCUGGAUCUGCCUCCGUCCUGGUUUAACACCAACGUGGCCCCGCUGGGUCGGAGGAAAGGCUCCAGUGACGGGCUCCUGGACGGGCUGACGAGUGAGACCCUGCAGGCCGAGCUCUACUACACCCUGCACGGGCCUAAUCCGGACGGGGAGUGCAGCGAGGGCUCUGGUCAUCGGGGUGCUGGUGGUGGUGCUUCUUCUCGGGGAGAGCCUCUGUCACAGCACCCUCUGCUGCGCAUCGGGAGCAUCAGCCUCUACCAGGCCAGUCAGGAGCAGCUGCUGGUGGACAAGCAGCUGGACAAGAACAUGUUCCUCAGGCUGCCCGAGAAACCCCUUAAGCCCGGGGAGACCCUCACAAUCUUCCUCUACCUGAUGCCCAACUCCACGGUGGAACAAUUCAGCCUCAAGGUCAAAGCGAAGAAAGGGGUGAACCUGAUCCAGACUAAGUCCAAGAACGCCCAGUGGAAGGUGGAGUGGGAGGUGGUGUCGGGCGCCAAGCAUUCCAUCACCACCAUCGAUGUGAACAAGAACAAAGCAGUCAAACAGGGGGAGGUGUUGGGGAAUGUGGAGGUGAUGCAGUUGGACUUCGAGAUGGAGAACUUCACCAGCCUCUCGGUGACCAGACGGAUCAACUGGAACAUCGACUACAAGGGGCAGAACCCGCCUCCAGACUCAGAAAAGGUUGUGACGGAGCUGACGGUUGUGCAGCGAGACAUUCAGGCCAUCAUCCCUCUGGCUAUGGACACCGAGAUCAUCAACACGGCCAUCCUGACUGGACGCACGGUGGCCAUUCCUGUCAAAAUGGUUUCCAUAGAGAUGAACGGAGCUGUCACUGAUGUCUCAGCCUUUGUGCAGUGCAAGUCCUCUAAUGAAGACAUUGUGAAGGUGUCCAUGAAUUGCGACUAUGUGUUCGUCAACGGGAAGGAGACGCGGGGAUCCAUGAGCGCGAGGGUCAUCUUCAGCUACGAACACCUGAGCGCGCCGCUGGAGCUGACCGUGUGGGUGCCCAAACUCCCCCUGCAGGUGGAACUCUCCGACAACAACCUGAGCUUCAUCAAAGGGUGGAGGGUUCCCAUCCUGCCUGACAGAAG